AUGCGGUGGCAUGGCAUCUUCUCAGUUGCGCUCUCCGUGAUUCCAGUACAGUCAUUGUUUGUCGACGAAGCGUACAACAUCGAUUUCCACCAUGCACUUCUGGGCAUUCCUCAACCCCACUCUACCUUCUUCCACAAGCCUGAUGCUUCAUCCAACGCAGCUCUUCUUUACUCCUUGUCGGACAAGGCAGUCUUAGGUGCUCUCAACCCAAGAGAUGGGUCUCUAGUCUGGCGUCAAUCUCUUGCAAGCCAGCCAACAGUUAAUGCCACGACUUCCUUCCUGGUUGCUGGGGAGGGAGACGGAAAAGUGACAACUGCGGUGGGUAAAGAGGUUGCUACUUGGGAUGCGUCCGAUGGAAAACUCGUGUGGAAGUACACUGCGAGGGGAGAGGUCAAAGCCGUCGAUCUUCAAGCCGUUCCUGUCCUUGGAAGCAGUACGGAUGGUGCGGUUCAAGACGUGAUCCUGUUGACUCAGCCGUUGCAAGAAGGAGGGAGCUAUGUCGUCUCUCGUAUUGGCGGUGAUGGGUCGGGUGAAAGAUGGCGUCAUGAAGAUGUUGACACAAAGCUCGACGCUCAAGUUGGUAUUGCAACCUCUCUGAAGCAUCUUUUCUACAUUACAAAAUCCGCAGGGUUACUAUCUGGUCAAAGAACCAAAGUUGUGGUCUUCGACAUUAUUACUGGAAAACAACUCAAGGAGUAUUCACCUGCCCUUGAUUCUGAAACUGUAGCUGUCGAUGGUCGGCUUGCGUCUGCUUCGGGAUCUGAAGCUCCAUUGUUGAUCACUUCCGAGACGCCAUACAAGACCAUAAAGUUCAACUUGCUUGGAAACAACAAAGUCUCGACAAUAACGCUUGACGACAAAGGUGAGGAUAUUGUCUCUGUUAGUGCGCACAGCGCACUAGGCACAACUGCAGAGUCACAUUUUCUUCUGCACGUGAGGACUGCAACCAAAAAUUGGGCAGAAGUAUACCAUAUGAACACCGCAACUGGAGAUUUCAAACGGGCUUAUUCUCUACCUGCUAUCAAAGAUGCAAGCGCUUUCGCCGCAAGCAACAAUGGAAAGAAUGUCUUCUUUAGUCGAGCUACGAGCACCGAAGUCUCUGUCUAUUCUUCCCAGUCCCACGGACAUCUUGGAAGAUGGCCUAGAAAUGUCCUGGCCGGAUCUCGCACCUCAUCUACCGACCCCAUAUAUGCGAUAGCGGAAGUAGCAAUACGCGACAACACAAAUACAGCAGUCAGAACUGCAAUUAUCUCACCCGAGGGUAGUCUCUAUCUUGUGAGGAAUGGCGACACACAAUGGGUACGCGCAGAGAUGUUGGCAUAUGCUGAGCUGGCUGCUUGGUUUGACUAUGCGCAAGUCACUCCUUUGGCUCAAGAAUUGAGUGCUGAGGUAUCAGUCGAUCCUGCUACUGCUUAUAUCAAUCGGGUGUAUCGACAUGCGAAAGAGCUUAUGCACCUGCCCAAUUAUCUUGUCAAGCUUGCUCAAGGAGCUUUCGGUCCGGCCGAAGACAAGCCGUCAGUGCGAGAAGAUUUGCUUGGUUCUCGAUCGCUCAUCCUUGCAACGAGCCGCAAACAGAUUGUGUCGCUGAGCGGGAUAUCAGGCGCAAUCCAAUGGUAUGCGGAUCUACCUAGUGCCAUAUCUGAUGGUGCUGCUGUACGUUCCCUAGCAAUAUCAGAAGGCCGUGUCACUAUAUACACGUCAGAUGGCUCUGUUUCUGUCCUUAAUGCCACUACUGGCGGAGUCAUCGAGACGAAGACAGGUACAAUUCCGGCAGCUCGAAUCAUUGAACUGCCUGGAACACCGGCCUCAACGCUUCUCAAAGUCAACGAAGAAGGUAUACCUCAAGUUGCGGUCGAUUUAGCCCCAUCUGUGCCUCUUGAAGGGAACGUAGUUAUGACCCAAGAUCAGACUGGAAAUAUGGUGGGCUGGACUGUCGGUACUACAGUCAGGAAGACCUGGACCUUCACACCCACGCCAGGGAAGAUCGUCGCGGUAACAACCCGACCUGAACAAGAUCCAAUUGCUUCUAUCGGAAAGGUACUAGGCGACCGCUCAGUCCUCUACAAAUAUUUCACACCGAACAUGGCUGUUUUGACCACUAUGUCUAACGAAAUACUUACCAUGUAUCUCAUCGACGCAGUAACAGGAGCGGUUCUUCACACCUCCUCCCAUGCCGGCGUCCUCGACUCAUUCCCUAUCUCAGCAGUCCUCUCUGAGAAUUGGUAUGCAUACACCUUCACUUCUUCUAACCCCGAAACCAAUGCGUUAUCCACGCAGCUUAUCAUAUCUGAGCUGUACGAAUCAGAUGUGCCGAAUGAUCGCGGUCAACUUUCUGCUCAAACGAACUAUUCCUCUUUCGGUCCUGACGGGAACGUCAAGCCACACGUCGUCAGUGCUGCCUUCACACUUGCUGAGCCCAUGUCUCACCUCACCGUCACUCAAACAGCUCAAGGUAUAACCAGUCGGUCGCUGCUAGCAUACCUGCCUGGUUCACACGCUAUGAUAGCAAUCCCUCGUCACGUUCUGGAUGCUCGUCGACCAAUAGAUCGAGAUCCCACCUCUUCGGAAGCAGAAGAAGGACUCUUCCGCUAUACUCCAGAAUUGAGUCUCGACCCAAAGACAUUCCUCUCUCAUGCUCGUGAUGUCGUUGGCAUCAGCCAUAUUUCCGCUGUGCCAACAUUGCUUGAGAGCACAUCAACCGUCUUCGGUUUCGGACAUGAUAUCUUCGGCACUCAAGUGGCGCCAAGUCAAACUUUUGAUGUGCUGGGCAAGAACUUCAGCAAAUUCCAGCUCUUGGCCACGGUCGUGGCUCUAUAUCUGGGCGUGCUAGCCUUGAGACCUCUUGUUCGAAGGAACGUCGUCAAACGUGGCUGGCUAUGA